GAGCCCACGAGCCGUGGACGCCGUCGGAGGUACAGUAUUGAGAUCCGCGUAACGACCGAGGGCCGCUGACGCGCGACGGAAGGCGCCGACCGGGGCCUUCGGCACUCUCUACCCCGCUCGCGCUCCUUGUCGUAUGUCCGCCCAGCGCCGACCGAAGCGCGCGGAACUCACUCGAAAGCCCGCUGAGAAAUUUUGUCGGCCAAACGGCGACCGAACUCCCGCGGCCGUGCCCCGCACUUAAAAUCUCUUAACCCCUCGGUCGACUGAGCCCCCCAAUCCUUCCCUAGCCCCAACCCCUUCCCCCCGAGGCGACGUGUCCCGGCCGCGAACCACAGCGAAAGAGAGCGGAGCCCCGUCGACGAGCCGAGCGCAUGCUAGCCCCAUGGAUCAGCACUCUCGGCGACGCGGGAGUCGCUCCCGUGGCCUCACGGCCGAGCUCCUGCGAAGAGCGCAAUUCUUCGAGGAUAGGGGACGACGGGUGGUGGUCAGCGUACGUCGGGUGGUAGGAAAGCGGCGUCCUCCAUUGUCGUCGGCGAAGAAGAAGAAGAAGAAGAAGGAGGGUGCAUCGCUAGCAGUAAAUGGGGCGCAUACUUUUUGAGAAGAGUUUUGAAUUGAUCGGAAGCGAGAGACAGAUCCCGCAGUUUCUUCAUAGGGCUCUCGCGUAAACUACACGGGCACCAGUCGGACUGUCGAGCUGUUCUAGCAGAUUUCGACGCCUGGUGGAUCGGCGAUGUCGAUGGAGCUGAUUGCAAAGAUACCUCUGCAGUCGUCUUCCAGCUUCGGAAACGCCUGCAAAUCCGUGAAAUCUGCAGUGCCCGGAAUCGUUGCGGCACCCCAGAGGUUGCAUAGUGUGGAGGGAGGCAAUUUCGUAGGAACGCCGAAAUUGAGGAGCGAGAAGGCGGAACGCAAGAGGCUGCUCAGCGUGAAUGCAGUGGCUGUGUCGGACAGAGCGACGGGACGAAGAAAUGUGGAAGGUAUAGAAGAGACGGACGUAAUCGUCAUCGGGAGCGGAAUCGGUGGGCUCUGCUGCGGAGGACUGCUCGCACGCAAUGGAGACAAGGUGUUGGUGUUGGAGAGCCACACGAUCGCUGGAGGAGCAGCGCAUUCGUUCGAAAUUAAAGGUUUUCACUUCGACUCGGGACCUUCUCUGUUCUCGGGACUCACCUCGAAAGGGAUGCAGGCGAAUCCUCUAGCCCAGGUCCUGGAUGCUCUGGGUGAGAGCGUCGAGUGCGUGAAGUACGACGGCUGGAUGGUUUACGUUCCCGAGGGCACAUUUUACUCUCGCAUUGGCCCUUCCGAGUUCCUCAAGGAUUUAGAGAAGUUCGGAGGCCCAGGAGCUGUGGAGGAAUGGCGAGCUCUGCAAGAGGUAGUGCAGCCGCUGUCCGGGGCAGCGAUGGCCUUGCCACCGGCAGCUCUGAGAGGCGAUCUGGGGGUGGUCCUCACGGCCUUCGCUCGCUACGCCCCCGGCCUUCUCAAAUCGUUCCUCCGAGCAGGCGCUAUGGGAGGUCCCAACAAGCUGAUCGGCCCUUUCUCAGACGUCGUCGACGAGGUGGGAGUCAAGAACCAGUUCAUUCGGAAUUGGGUCGAUCUGCUGUCCUUCAUGUUGUCAGGACUCAAGGCUGACGCCACGCUCGCAGCCGAAGUGGUGUAUAUGUUCGGAGAGUGGUAUCAGCCUGGAUGUACGCUGGAGUACCCAGUCGGUGGCUCAGCAGCCAUUGUCGAUGCUCUCGUGCGAGGACUGGAAAAACAUGGAGGGAGGCUAGCCCUCGGGUCUCAUGUCGACGAAAUCCUUGUGGAAGGAGGACGAGCUGUCGGAGUCCGCUUGCGCGGUGGCAAGGUCAUCAAGGCACGCAAAGCUGUUGUGACCAACGCCUCGAUGUGGAACACUCAGUCCUUGCUGUCCAAGGAGAAUACUCCAGAAGAACUCCGCAGGCGAGCCGAAGACACACCUCUAUGCGAUUCGUUCAUGCAUUUGCAUCUCGGUAUCGAUGCCAAGGACUUGCCUGCAGAUCUAGAGAUCCAUCACAUGAUUGUCAACGACUGGGACAUAGGAGUGGAUGCACCACAAAACGUAGUGGCGAUCUCGAUACCGAGUGUCCUGGAUCCGAAUCUUGCACCACCAGGGAAGCACUGCCUGCAUGCAUACACUCCGGGUACAGAACCAUACGACCUGUGGAAAGGUCUGGAUCGUAACAGUCAAGCGUACAAGGAUCUGAAGAAAGAAAGAUCAGAGGUUCUCUGGAAAGCUGUGGAAAGGGCUCUAGGGCCAGGUUUCAGCCGGGACAAAUGCGAGGUGAAACUGGAGGGUACGCCUCUCACACACGAACGCUUCCUGCGAAGAGCUCAGGGUACAUACGGCCCAGCCAUUCGAGCAGGGCAGAGCACCUUCCCGGGCCAUUCUACUCCAAUCAAGGGCCUGUACUGCUGCGGUGAUUCCACCUUUCCAGGUAUCGGCAUACCAGCAGUCGCUGCCAGUGGGCUUGUCGCUGCCAACACCCUCACACCAGUUUGGGAGCACAUCAAACUUCUCGAAACCCUCGGACUUUGAUGCAGUGAUCCUGAGACCUCGGGCCAACAGUGGCCUUUCGUGCCGUAGAAAAUUGGUGAAGGUGCACAGAGUACAUGCCGGUGCGUGUUAGAAACUGUGCCUUUCAUGACAAAGCCUUCUGGAUUCGCAAUUGGUGAUACUCAUCCGAAGCACCGGAGCACCAGUGCACGAGGAUACAUUAAUACAAAUUCUUCGUCGUGCCUCGUUCCUCGCACGUCCUGUUCUCACCCCUAUUUUGCCAUCUCCUUUGCUGCUUCUUUGCGUCUCGCAAGUAGAGUUUUGUAGUCGUGAGGUUUUUGGCUUGUACUGUCUUGAAAUUAGGCGUUUAGAUAAUCUUCACAUAGUUUCAGAUGGAAUUGGUGCUGGAAUGUUUCACAUAGCAUUUGUGAAGGUAUCCAUGGGCACGAUGGUUCUCGUCUGUAGUUGUUGGAGAUGUGCACGUAAGACGAACUCCUUCGCUUCUAGCGUUCAGAAUGUGUUUAUAUAGUGCAUCAAUUUCGGUGUGAUGCUUCAAAGUAGCAGUUGCUACAAAAAGCGUGGACUCUACCUACGUCGGGCAACUCUUAUGCCCGUCGUCGCGCUUGAGGGACAACUGCGACAACUUGGGUUCUGUGGCAGGUAGGCCACAUCUGUUGCAUCCAUGCAUCCAAUUAACGAGGAAUUGUUAGAGAGUUUCACAUUUAUCUGGUCGGUCAUCACGAUUAUUCAUCGAGAAUGGUUUUCAAGGG